GCUUCUGCUGUUUUUCCCCCCCUCCAAAUACAAAAAAGCAUUUUGGUGGAUAAACGGGGAAAUCAACCGCUUAAUUCGUGCGUACAAGCAAAUAUCUAUUUAAUCACUUUUCUGGCCUUUCAAAUGAAACGUCUCCUCAUUGAUUCUCUAUUUUAACGCUCAAGCACUCGAGGAAGCUCGAAGCAGGAGAGAGAGAAAUAUACAGGCACAUUGCAGUUCGAGACAUUGACGAACGCGAUCUUCAGGGGUUCAAGAUUUUUCUUCUAAGAGCAAGCAGUGAAGUUAAAGCGUACCAAAACUGUCAAGAUUAGGUUGUACUCUCAAGUCUGUACUCAUUGUUGGAGGAAUAGUAUAAAUGGAGAAGCACAAGGAGAAGCAGAGAUCAUCUGCUAAUGAUGAUCAUAAUGCUGGUGGAUUAGCAUUCGUUUCCUUUUAUUCAGAAGAUAGCAGGGAAUCUGUGGACAAGUGGAUGGCAUUUCCUAGCAAAUCAAAUUUUGCCAAUUCUAGCAACUCAGCGAAUAUGGAUGAUUUUGGGGCUAAGAAUGAAAAGAAAGACAGUGAUGCAAGGGAGCGUCUGAACGAGCAAAAGCCUUUGGAUCAUCAAAUUUUAACUGAAGCAAGCAUAGCUGAGAGAACUGCUGAAUGGGGCCUUGUGAUGAACUCAGGUAGUUUUAAAGCAAUAGAAGGAGUGACAACCAGUUCCUCCUUCGAUGGUGAAAGAGGCAAAAAUUUGUCAGAUAGAUUUACUGCAGCAGUAUCAACAAGGACAUCUGAGGAAUCAAAUUAUGGGUCAGAGUCAUCAUCGGGGGCAUUUCCAAGGGUAUCACAAGAGUUGAAGGAAGCCUUGGCGUCACUACAACAGACAUUUGUUGUCUCAGAUGCAACUAAACCAGACUGCCCCAUAAUGUAUGCCAGCAGUGGAUUUUUCGGUAUGACAGGUUAUUCUUCAAAGGAGGUCAUUGGAAGGAAUUGCCGGUUUCUUCAGGGUCCCGAAACAGACCAGAAAGAAGUAGCCAAAAUUCGAGAUGCAGUUAAGAAUGGGAAAAGCUAUUGUGGCAGGCUUUUAAACUACAAGAAAGAUGGAACCCCAUUCUGGAAUCUUCUCACUGUCACUCCUAUAAGAGAUAGCCAGGGCAAUGUCAUCAAAUUCAUUGGAAUGCAGGUUGAGGUGAGCAAAUACACUGAAGGCAUAAAUGAAAAGGCAUUACGGCCAAAUGGAUUGCCUAAGUCAUUAAUUCGUUAUGAUGCCCGUCAGAAGGAGAAAGCUUUGGGUUCCAUCACAGAGGUUGUCCAUACUGUCAAGGACCCAAAAUCCAUCAUUCGGUCUGUGAGCCAUGAUAAUGCCAGUAAGGUUGAAGAGCUAGAAAAAAUCAGUUCUGAUUUUGUUUUGCCAAAGUCUGUUGAAAUCGAGAGUACUAGUUCAACAAAGAGACAAACUACUUCACUAGACUUCCAAGGUGAUAAAAGCAAAAGGAAGUCAGGGCGCAUUUCUUUCAUAAGUUUCAAAGGGAGAUCUCAAAGCUCUACAGGGAAGCAUGAUGAAAAGCCCAUUGUUGAGCCAGAGGUUUUGAUGACUAAGGACAUGGAAUGUUCUGACAGUUGGGAGCGUCUUCAAAGGGAAAGGGAUAUACGGCAGGGAAUUGAUCUAGCAACCACAUUGGAGCGUAUUGAAAAGAAUUUUGUGAUUUCUGAUCCUAGACUUCCAGAUAACCCAAUCAUAUUUGCAUCCGAUAGCUUUCUUGAACUUACAGAAUAUACGCGAGAAGAAAUUUUGGGAAGAAACUGUCGGUUUCUUCAAGGACCAGAAACAGAUCAAGCAACUGUCGCAAAGAUCAGAGAUGCUAUCAGAGAACAGAGGGAAAUCACUGUUCAGCUGAUCAACUAUACCAAGAGUGGAAAGAAGUUCUGGAAUUUGUUCCACUUGCAGCCUAUGCGUGAUCAAAAGGGUGAGCUUCAAUACUUUAUAGGCGUCCAAUUGGAUGGAAGUGAUCAUGUAGAACCUUUAAGAAACCGCCUAUCUGAGAAAACAGAGCAACAAAGUUCUAAAUUGGUCAAAGCAACUGCAGAAAAUGUUGAUGAGGCUGUCCGGGAGCUUCCUGAUGCCAACUUGAGACCGGAAGAUUUGUGGGCAAUUCAUUCUCAGCCUGUCUUACCAAGACCUCAUAAAAAGGAAAGUUCUUCUUGGAUGGCAAUACAGAAGUUAACUGCAAGUGGUGAAAAAAUUGGACUGCAUCAUUUUAUGCCAAUAAGGCCAUUGGGUUGUGGAGAUACUGGCAGUGUUCACCUUGUGGAGCUUCAAGGUGCAGGUGAACUAUAUGCAAUGAAGGCAAUGGAAAAAUCAGUCUUGCUAAAUCGUAAUAAGGUUCAUCGAGCAUGCAUUGAGAGAGAGAUUAUAUCAUUGCUGGACCAUCCUUUUCUUCCCACUCUAUACACUUCUUUUCAGACUUCUACACAUGUAUGUUUGAUAACAGACUUUUACCCUGGUGGUGAAUUGUUUGCAUUGUUAGAUAAGCAACCUAUGAAGAUUUUCAAGGAGGAAUCGGCAAGAUUCUAUGCAGCAGAGGUUGUAAUUGGUUUGGAAUACCUCCAUUGCUUAGGUAUAAUUUAUCGAGACCUAAAGCCUGAAAAUAUUUUACUUCAGAAGGAUGGCCAUAUUGUAUUAACUGAUUUUGAUUUAUCAUUCAUGACUUCUUGUAAACCCCAGAUUGUGAAGCAUCCUCCACCUCACAGAAGAUCGCGGAGUCAACCACCGCCAACAUUUGUUGCAGAGCCUAAUACACAAUCAAACUCCUUUGUCGGAACAGAAGAAUACAUAGCUCCUGAAAUUAUUACCGGAUCUGGGCAUAGCAGUGCUAUAGAUUGGUGGGCUCUUGGUAUAUUAUUGUACGAAAUGCUCUAUGGUCGUACACCAUUCAGGGGAAAGAAUAGGCAGAGGACAUUUGCCAACGUCUUGCACAAAGAUCUAACCUUUCCAAGUAGCAUCCCGGUAAGUCUUGCAGCCAGGCAGUUGAUUAAUGCACUAUUGCAGAGAGAUCCAGCCAACCGUUUAGGUUCAACUACUGGAGCUAAUGAAAUCAAACAACAUCCCUUUUUCCGUGGAAUUAAUUGGCCUUUAAUCCGUUGCAUGAAUCCACCACCUCUAGAGGCUCCUCUUAAAUUGAUAGGGAAAGAUCCAAUGCAUAAAGAAGUGAAAUGGGAAGAUGAUGGAGUGCUUGUUCGCUCAAUGGAUUUGGAUAUCUUCUGAAGUUUCUUGACAUUGGUAACUCACAACUCAGACAAUUCAAUUUCAAUAAAGUUCAAUGGAUUCCCUUUAUGUCACAGAAACAUUUGGAUGUAAUCUUAUGUAAUGCAGUGCCUCUAGCCAUGUUGUCGUUAUAGCUAAUUGCCAACUUCUGAUGUGGCAGUAGAAAAUGAUAACCAAAUAUGAAGACUAAUUAUAUAGGAUGACUAUGAUGCGUGUAUCACUUUAAAAUGCAAUGUUAAAUUUCGGGGCAGGGUAUUUGCUUUGAGCCUUUGACGA